AUGGCCGAGGCGCUCGCUGUCGUGGGAAGCGCAGCGAGCGUGCUACAGCUGGUCGACUUUGGGCUCGGUCUCGCGCGCGAGAGGCCUACUCACUUUGCCGCCCUCAUCGGCGACAUCCGCCGGGCCAUGGAGAUUGUCCGGGUGUACAUUGCCCAACACGCACCGGCGCCUGCCGCCCACCCGGACCUACCAGCGGCCUUGACAGAUGGCGUCCGGAACUUGGUAGAGCGCCUGCAUGCCGUUCGAAAGCUGCUGACGACCACACCUUACACUGCCUCCGGCUCCAGCACUGCAGCCGGCACUGGCACUGUUCCCAGUCUUUCUCUGGCCCGUCGAGUAAAAUGGGUCCUGGCAUCCAAGAAGUUUCACGAGGCAUUCAUACUCCUUGAGAGCCAGAAGACGUCGCUGCAACUACAACUCCAACAAGCCGCGUCCCUCGAACAGAAGCUGUCCCAAAGCCUGCAGAGCUUUGUUGACGGCUUCACCCAGGACCAGAACACGAUUCUGGACAGACUAGACAACCACGGAGCGUCACUUAGGGACUCCUUUGAAGGCCAAGCUCAACUCCUCUGUGAUCGCCAAGACGCCUUCCAAAGCGUGUUGAGCGGCCGUGUCGAGGACCUCGAGCAACAGUUUGAACAAGGCAAAGAGCGAGACAUGGAAAUGAUGGGCGCGUUGGAAGCCAUGCAAGCCAAGGUCCAGGCGUCAAUCUGCCGUAUUAGGGCCCUUCAGUCUUUAAACAGCCGACUCCUAGAGAGGAUCUCGAAUAUCGAGACGUCAGACGCCGCAAUAGACAGCGAAGCCCUUGCCGCAAUCGUCCGGGCAGAGAUGCAGAAUGUGUUGCUGUCCCUUGGCGGCAGCCUCCUACCUGACCGGCCAGUGACAGAUGGCCCGCUGGCCCAAUUUGCGCAGAAGAUCUCUGACCAAAUUGGAAGGGACUUCCUAUUGUCCGAGGAAUCAGGGCGAGGUGCGGACGUGACCAUCACCACGACUAAACAACCGCGGGAUAACGCUUCUGGACGCAUUGGGAAGCGAAAAACAGUCAUCAAGGUCACCUUCCGCCCCGCUGCGUGGCUCCCUCUCGUCGCGUGGAAACGUCUCUCAAGCUGGAGGCGAGCCACAGGGGUUUCAACAAUAUCCAGCCCGGCUUGA